UCUUUACGGAUAAUCGAUCGAGGAAUUUUCUGCCAACAGUUGUUCAUGAUCGAUAACUGCGCGGACGAUUGGCGGAUCGCGAUGACCUGGCAGAGGAUCGCGCAGAUUUCGCUCGAGUUGUUAAUCUGUGCGAUCCACCCGAUCCCAGGGGAGUAUUACUUCCUAUGGACGACCAAGCUGGCGAACAAGGGCGGUGACUUCGGCUCGACGUGGGUGCCAUACGACGUCACCCUCUCGCUGCCGAUGUUCUUCAGACUCUACCUCAUCUGUCGCGUUAUGCUGCUCCACUCGAAGCUGUUCACCGACGCGUCGUCGCGCAGCAUAGGGGCCUUGAAUCGUAUUAACUUCAACACCAGAUUCGUCCUUAAGACACUGAUGACCAUCUGCCCGGGCACCGUGUUGCUAGUCUUCAUGGUCUCGUUAUGGAUCAUCGCCUCGUGGACGUUACGCCAGUGCGAGAGGUUUCACGACGAGGAGCACGCGAAUCUCCUUAAUGCUAUGUGGCUCAUUGCUAUCACGUUUCUGAGCGUCGGUUUCGGUGACAUCGUGCCCAACACGUAUUGCGGUCGAGGUAUAGCCGUUUCCACUGGAAUAAUGGGCGCCGGAUGCACGGCCUUGCUUGUGGCGGUUGUUUCCCGGAAGCUCGAACUCACCAGGGCGGAGAAGCACGUUCACAACUUUAUGAUGGAUACGCAAUUAACGAAAAGGUUGAAGAACGCUGCAGCGAACGUGUUACGCGAGACGUGGCUAAUUUACAAGCACACUCGGCUGGUGAAGCGUGUCAAUCCGGGACGUGUUCGAACGCAUCAGCGGAAAUUUCUAUUGGCUAUAUACGCGCUGAGGAAAGUCAAAAUGGAUCAGCGAAAAUUAAUGGACAAUGCCAACACCAUCACGGAUAUGGCCAAGACGCAGAACACAGUGUACGAGAUCGUGUCAGACAUGAGCACGCGCCAGGACGCACUGGAGGAACGUUUGGGGGGCAUGGAGGAUCGGCUGAUGAACUUGGAAGAGAAACUGACCGGGUUGCAGGCUCAGCUCGAGCUGCUGCCCGAGGAGUUGACCAGGUGUCUGGCCCAACACGCCGAGCGUAUGGAGCAGAGGCGGAACUUCCUUCACCCCGACACCGCUGUCGCGAUGGCGUCGACGGGCGGCGGCGGCGGCGGCGGUGGUGGUGGCGGUGCAUCAACCGGGAACAGCCUGACGAUGGGCAUCUCAGUUUCGGCCCAUCACCCUCUGGCCAAUCUGUCGAACUCGCUGCCACACUCGAGGAGCGUGCCAAGCGCGCCCAGCACCACGUCCCUUCACCCUUGGCCGGCCAAUUCGAUCCUGCCGCCAGUCUCGAGUCGUACGCCACACUUGGUGCCCGAAACCGGAAGGCAUCACAGCCUGGCACAUUCCACGGUGGCCACGACCACGACCUCGCAGUCGGCCACCAGACUCACCUCGCAAUCUGGAAUGGGAGGGCUGGGCAACAGUCAGGGGUCGGACACGUCUCCACACAGCUGAGUCUCGUCUUUGCAGCCGCAGCACUCGUAUUAAAAAGGGACACGGGACCACGGUCCUGUCUCCGUGUCCUGAACGACGCUCGCGUACCAUCGAGUCCCUUCACCGCGAUAAUUGGUUCUCCGAGUCUCUCUUUCUGUCUCUUUCUCUCUCUCUCUUUCUCUCUUUAUCCCUAUCUAUAUCUCUUUGUUUCAUUUUCUUUCUUUCGUAUCCGUGAAUCUAUCUCUGUCCGUUAAAUGAUAAACUCUCUCGGGGAUAGGAAGCUUCUUCGGGUUCAUAUUCGGGCUCAUACCGAAUUCGUUGACCAGUGUUCGCGAACUAGUUUAGGUCUCGCAUCCGGUUGAUGGUAGUUUUAAGGUCGGCUUGGCUGCGAUGGUUACGACGUGCAUAAUAAUUGUUAGAUAUCACGUGUAAUGAUAUUCACUUUGGUUAUCUAUUUAUAUGCGCUAAGAGACCUAUUUUCGAGAAUCCCUUUGUUCAAGUUUCACGAUUUUAAGGGCUGAUUGUAGAAAGUGUAGUAUAGAAGCGGAGAGACCCAGCGGAGAAAUUAACGAGUGUUUCCCCAACUCGCAGACUGCCUAAAGCUCAAGAAACGACACCGUGUACGAUGUGUUAAAACGUUUCGAUCGUCUGGAUCUCUCUCGUAGCGAAUUUAAACAACGAUUCUUUUCGAGCGAUUUUCACCGAGCCAAAUAAUCAAGCCUCUCAGCCAUCGCCGACUGAAUCGACUCGCCUACUUUUAUAGCCGCGGAUAAAUUGAAAGUUUUGCAGUAGCAUCGACAACGGGUCCAAUCCUCUUCCCGAUUGAUUGUGUCUUCUUACCGAGUAAAAAAAAAAAAAAAAAAAGAACAAUUAAGUAAAAAGGGAAACUUGUACACACAAACACAUACUCAAUACACACACACACACAGAGAGACACGUACACAUACACAUAGAAGGGAGAUCGAUCCAAUGUGGUGAUUAAAAAUAAGAAAAAAAAAAAAGAGCGAAUACACAAUGAACAAACGAGAGGGAGGGACUCACGGACGCGAGCGUCCUCUUCCAAAUCGCUGCGAGCUGCUCCCCUGCCCAACUUGCGUGCCUGAAAACUUUUUUCUUAAUAUUUAAAUAUAUAUUCGACACACACACACACACACGAACUCCAUCUUAUCUCUGUAUACCUCGUGAAUUAAGA